AUGGAAAAGAAGAGUUUCCAUUUAAUGUGUACCUUAGCAAUAAUAGUUUUUCCAGAAAUCUUUGCCAGUCAACCAGGUCCUUGUCGCCAGUUGGUCCAAAAAUAUGCUCCAAGCAAAAUUAAGGGCAAAAUGAUACAUCGAUCGCUCUAUCUGGAUAUUUAUUCGAAAAGAACGACAAAAGUAAAGCCUCUUAGCUUAUGCCUUCGUGAGAUCUUUCCACCAGCUACUAUGCAAAACUACACGGUGUUAGACACGGAUAAUACGAAUUUUGUCGUCCUAUACAAGUGCGAAUACAAUCCCGUUUCCCUAUCCCAUAUCGAGUCUGUCAAUACUUACACUAAACUGAGAACUCCGAAGGCAGCCACCUUGAAAAGAAUUUCACAGGCCUACAAAAAGAAUGGCCUGCAGGAAAGCAAAGUGUUGUAUUUGUGUCAGUGAAAUUGUUAUUUAUAUAUAUUUUUAUGUUAUAAUACCUUGAUUUUUUGGUGCGUAGUACAAACAAUGCGAUUUACCUAUCAAAUA